UGUCAUAAAAAAUUUCAGUCAGUUAGAGCUGUUGGCUUCUUGCAAGAAAACCAAGCAGGCUGCAGAAAAACUGCUACAUAGCCAUAAAUGGGGCAAGAUUCUUGGUCUUGAUAUUUUGAAGAUUUCAAGAUUUGAUUUUUUUUGUGUGCUUGGAGCCAUUUCUCACAAAAUGGGUGUUGGGAUAUUCUGUUACUACUCCUUUUUAGUGGUGACUCUACUAACUAGGCCUUUGGUUUGCCAACAACCCAACACAGAUGAGUCAUUUCUCCUUGAAUUCUUUGAAAAAAUGGGCUUAAACCCACCCCACAAGUAUGGCUAUUCUGGCUCUUUGUGUUCAUGGAGAGGUGUGGUUUGUGAUGAUGGGGGAGAAAAUGUUCUGAAGCUAGAAGCUUCUGGAGUGGGUUUAUCUGGUGUGAUUCCUGAGACAACUAUUGGGAAAUUGAAAAAGCUUGAAUCUUUGGAUCUUAGCAGUAACAAGAUUGCCACCUUGCCUUCUGAUUUUUGGAGUUUGGGUUCUCUCAUAAAUCUUAAUCUUUCACACAACCAAAUUUCUGGGAGUCUUUCAAGUAACAUUGGAAAUUUUGGGAACCUUCAAAGUUUGGACCUUUCAUUCAACAUAUUUAAAGGGAGCAUCCCAGAAACGUUCAGUUCUUUGUCAAAGUUGGAGUCUUUGAAUCUCAGUGACAAUGGGUUUGAAUCCAGUGUCCCAUCAGGAAUCUUGCAGUGUUUGAAUUUGGUUUCUGUUGAUCUGUCUGAAAACAAUCUCAAUGGCUCUCUUCCUAGUGGCUUUGCUGCUGCAUUGCCACAGCUCAAGUUCUUGAACUUGGCUGAAAAUGAGGUUGUUGGUCGGGAUUCGGACUUUAAUGGGAUGAAAUCGGUGAGCUAUCUGAAUAUCUCUGGGAACUUGUUCAAGGGUUCUGUUUUAGGUGUGUUUGAAGGGGCAUUGGAGGUGGUGGAUUUGAGCAGGAAUCAGUUUCAAGGCCACAUUCCACCUCAGGUAAACCCCACCUCCACUUUCAAUUGGUCGAAUUUGCUGUAUUUGGAUAUGUCGGAGAAUGAGUUGAGUGGUGAGCUUUUAUUCACUGGAUUGCAUCACUCUAUUAAGCUUAGACACCUUAACCUUGCACACAACAGAUUCACCAAACAGGACUUGUUUAUCAAUGCUGAUGUGCUCACACAUUUAGACUAUCUCAAUUUGUCUUCAACCAGUUUGGUUGGUGAGAUUCCUAGCAACAUCUCAAGCCUAACUAGUUUAGCAACCCUUGAUCUCUCUGAUAACCAUCUCAGCAGCCACAUUCCGCCUCUCGUGUCGAAGAGCCUCAAAUAUCUCAACCUUUCACGCAACAAUCUAACAGGAGAUAUCCCAUUGGUGGUGAUGGAUGAACUCCAUCGUAUGGAUAGUUUCAAUUUCUCUUACAACAACCUUAGCUUUUGUGGGUCCCGGUUCCCCCCGGAAACUAUUCAAGCUUCUUUCAUAGGAUCGACUAAUAGCUGCCCCAUUGCUGCCAACCCGGACUUCUUCAAGAAAAAAGCUCCAAUGCAUAGAGGGCUAAAGAUUGCUCUGGCUCUGACCAUCUCCAUGGUGUUUUUGCUCGUGGGGUUGCUUGUGCUAGCAUUUAGGUGUCGUAGAAAAACAAGAACAUGGGCGGUGAAGCAGGAUUCUUACAAGGAGGAGCAGACCGUUGUCUCGGGGCCCUUCUCGUUCCAGACAGAUUCAACCACUUGGGUGGCUGACGUUAAGCAGGCUACAUCAGUGCCCGUAGUCAUCUUUGAGAAGCCCUUGCUGAAUUUCACAUUCGCGGACUUGUUGUCUGCAACCUCUCAUUUUGAUAGGGCCACGUUGCUGGCAGAAGGGAGAUUCGGGCCUGUCUAUGGUGGAUUGAUGCCCGGGGGGUUGCACGUUGCUGUUAAGGUUUUGGUUCAUGGUUCCACGAUGACAGACCACGAAGCUGCAAAGGAGCUUGAGUAUCUUGGUCGAAUCAAGCACCCUAAUCUCGUCCCAUUAACGGGAUAUUGCUUGGCUGGGGAGCAGAGGAUUGCUAUCUACGAUUACAUGGAGAACGGGAACUUGCAGAACUUGCUACACGAUCUGCCACUCGGGAUUCAAAGGACGGAAGAUUGGAGCACAGACACAUGGGAAGAUGAGAACAACGGGAUACAAAACGUUGGCCCUGAAGGGUCACUAAUAACAUGGAGAUUCAGGCACAAGGUCGCACUUGGCACUGCUCGUGCACUCGCGUUCCUCCAUCACGGCUGCAUCCCUCCCAUCAUCCACAGAGACGUCAAAGCAAGCAGCGUCUAUCUGGACUCAAACUUAGAGCCAAGGCUGUCAGAUUUUGGUAUUUCAAAGAUUUUUGGGAAUGGAAGCGAAGAUGGGAUUGCUCGUGCAUCCCCGGGGUAUCUGCCACCAGAGUUUCUCGAGCAAGAAGGCAGCUCCUCGCCGAUGGCACCAACGCCCAUGUCAGACAUAUAUGGAUUCGGAGUAAUCUUAUUCGAGCUCAUCACCGGGAAGAAGCCGGUUGAGGAUGGUUAUCAAGAAGCAAACUUAACUAGUUGGGUGAGGGGACUAGUGAGGAGGGACGAGGCAUCACGAGCUAUCGACCCCAAGAUCCGUGGGACUGCACCGGACGCACAGAUCAUCGAGGCUUUGAAAAUCGGGUACCUUUGCACGGCCGAAAUCCCUUCCAAGAGGCCAAGCAUGCAACAGGUAGUUGGCCUGCUCAAGGAUCUUGAACAAAUUACACCACAGUAAACACAUUUUGAACAAAAUCAUGCUCUAAUUUCUUUUGAUCAAUUCCUUGUCUAGUUUAUUUUUAGUAUCACGAGCUAUAUGGCGUCAUGAUUAGAUGAUUGUAUAUCAUUUUGAGUUUUGCUUUCUUGACAUUCUAUCUGUGCUCACCACUCUUUCAUUGUACAAACUCUUGAAUCUUACCAAAGUUGAGCUGCUCG